AUGGGCCAGACAGCAGGCGACCUUGGUUGGCAGCUCAGCCUGCUGCUACGCACCUUGCUCCUGGUACAAACCAGCGUCUGGGGAUUCCCGAGGCCACCAGGGAGGCCCACCCUGAGUGCGCAGGAGCUGCGUGCAGAGUUUACCAUCAGCCUGCAUCUUGCCAGGAAGCUGCUUGCGGAGGUUCAAGCCCAGGCCCACCACUUUGCUGAAUCACACCUGCCUGGAGUGCACCUGGAUCUCCUGCCCUCUCAACUGCAGCUCCCCAACAUGUCCCUGACCUUCCAGGCCUGGCGCCGCCUCUCUGACCCAGAGCGACUCUGCUUCCUCUCCACGACUCUUCAGCCCUUUCACGCCCUGCUGAGAAGGCUGGGAAGCCAGGGGCGCUGGACCAGCUCAGAGAGGAUGCAGCUGUGGACAGUGAGGCUUGAUCUCCGAGACCUGCAGCGGCACCUCCACUUCCAGGGGCUGGCUGCAGGAUUCGACCUUGCAGGGGCAGAAGAGGAUGAGGAGGAGGGAACGGGGCUGCUCCCAGGGGCACAGGAGUCCUGGCCUCAGCUGCUCUACACCUACCAGCUGCUGCACUCCCUGGAGCUGGUCCUAUCCCGGGCUGUACGGGACUUGCUGCUGCUGUCCAAGGCUGGGCACCCAGGUCUGGCUCCCAGUUCUGAUGGGGUGACCUUCUAGUCCCCUUCCCUCACCCUUGAGGACUUCAGGACCUGGUCCUGGCCAGAGGACAACCACCAGCUCAUCUGCCUCAGACCAGGCAGAAGUUGUAUCAGCCGCAGCCCCACCCCCUACCCAAUAAUUUAAAGCCCCUCCAGUCCAUGGCAAAUAUUUAUUUCUUGAAUAUUUAUUUAUUGUUUAGGAGAUGAUUUAUUUAUUGUUUCAUCCUCAGACUGGGCCACUGUGCUGGGUGCCUAAUAAAACCUUCUCACCUUCUCUCUGCUUUAGCAUCUUGUCACAGAAGAGGUCCUUGAUGCCCAAGGGGCAGCAUGGCUACAGUGGAGUUGGUAGCCUCUGGCUACCCAGAAUCCCUCACUGCUCUGACAUCGGAGGAUUCUGGUCCAUCUUCUCUGACUGACCAGCUCGGUUGCCAUAGUAACCAUCAGAGUCCUGGGGCUGAGCUAUAUGAUUUUGGAAAGUCAAGGCUGCUGGCCUACUACCCCUCAACCUUGGCUUCCAUCUGGUGCCCUUCAGCCUGUGAACCACUUUCUUUUUGCUGAAGGGAAGAGUGUGUUUCAA